GCCGCGGGUCAUCGUGCUGACCAAGGCUGAUCUCGUCCCACGUGCAGCUCUCGAGGAAACGAUACGCUACAUCAACGAGAGUGAGCGUGACCGGGGAGUACCAGUGGUGGCGGUCGAUGCCCUGCUGGGCACAUUUGGAAUCGAGGAGCUUCGAACAGAGCUGCUGAAAGCGGGAGCUUAUGUGAACCGAAGGAGAAAGCGCAAGGGCAUCAACCCGCGCGCAAUUCGCACGAUGAUGAUAGGCUUCCCAAAUGUCGGGAAGAGCUCCAUCAUCAAUCGCCUCACCGGCCGCAAAGUGGCUGCAAGGAACGGGCGGCCGGGCCUGACCAAGAGACUCACUUGGCACAAGAUUGGUGGUUUCAGGAACACGGAGCUCGAGUUUCUGGAUGCCCCCGGGUUCAUUCCUGUCGGCUUCGGAAGGCGCUUCACGAAGGAGCAGCAGGAGCUGUUGUGUAUGUGCCGCGUCUUCGGCGAGAAGCACGUCGACCGGCAGCAGACGGGCUACGACUUGGUCACCCGCUUGGGCAAGUUGUGGAAAGAGAACCCCCACAUGAUCGAGAAGACUGUCUGGAGAGAGACAGAACGGAUUUAUGGCGUGGACCUUCAAAAAGCCAUCAGGCACGAAGGUCCUUUGCUUCCCAAAUUUGUUCCUGUCAUGAAUCCUGAUCCUUUCCUCGGGAAGAUGAUCAAUGACUUUAACCGCGGUCGCUGGGGCCGUAUUCAGCUGGAGGCGCCACCCCGCGCCCCGGUGAGCUUGCAGGACUACGGGCAUUUGCUGCAGGGAUCUGCCAAUGACCAGAAGCAUCUUGAGGGCCAGGCGAUCCGGGGGAUGCUCGGCCCUGGCCGCCAGGAGGUCCAAUUGCCAUCAAAGGAGGAGCCAGAGCGUGAGAAGGUGCAGCAUGAAAAUUCGGCGCGCGCAUUGACCACAGCGCCCGCCCCCGAGCACAUCGAAUGCUGGGAAUUCUCUGUGCAGGGCCUCUUCGAGGGCUGGUGCGGGCAUAUCUCCCCGGACACCGGUCUCUCCGAAUCGAAGCCCGGGCGGGCAGCUACCACCUUUGGGCGCCAUAGGUGCAGGACGAACGACCCCUGGAGUACCCCCAGCCGAGACAGAUGCUGGGGCUUCAAGGCCAUUUUGAUGCGGACGACGCGUGUCCUGGGCAGUGUCCUGUACAGAAGUGCUAGGAUGCGCUUGGGCUGGAAAGUCGUGAACCUUCCAGCCGCGGGUCCGUGGGCAGUCCGAGUGCCCUUUGGAAGGAUAGAAAUCCGAGGCUACCCGCCAGCAGGCUACGCCUAUGCACAGCCGGGCUACUCUGCAGGGUACGCUCCGGCGACGGCCCAGACGCCUCCCACGGCAACAUACCCGGGAUAUGGCUAUGGUGGUGUGCCUGCAAGCCAGGCCGGAUACACACCGUCCACUUCCUCGGGCAGGCCAGAGAGGCUGAUAGUCUCCGGUUGCAAGCACGACACUGUCGGUGGUAUUGUCAGGGGUGAAUUCAACCUCCAAAGUGACAACCACGGAAAGCCAGUCUACAAGAAGAACGGACAGGUCAACGGCCUGGACGUGAUGCUAUACUUCUGGGACGACCGAGACGGUCCGGACUUCUGUGGCUGGUGGUUUGGCCCGAAGGUUGGUGGAGAUCAGGUUUGGGCUUACCACUCAGAAAAGGCGCCGACACCACCACUGAGCGGAUGGAAGGUGCCUUAUGACGGCCCCGUCGACAAUACUUUUAUCCUGCAGCCUGCAUCAGGCUAUCCUAAGCAACAGCCUCCAGG